GAGUGUUAUUGGAAAGCUCGUUGGAAUUUUAAUGGAUAUGGCUAUGGAAUUCUAUUGCAAAUCUGCAAGAUAUUUUUGUGAUAAUCAAAGUGUCAGUAAAGAAAUGUGUUUUUAACGAGAAAAGUGCAUUGAUUGCCUAUAUCAGUUUUCCGAGUCAUCUGAAACUAAUCACAUAGUCUUCUGAUAUUGCAAAGUGAAAAUAAUGAGAUAAUGUUUAACAGAUCCUGUCGUGAAAGUACAUGGAGUCCUCUGGCUACGCAGCAAUUGCGUCUUAGAAGCCUUGUCCAGGUGACAGCUGGCCGGAUCAAUUGCUUAGAAGAGACCAAAAUCUAUUUCACAUUACAUCUAUCUGCAAUGUCCGCCCCCUUUUAUACCAGUGAAAAGGUGGAAAGUGGAGCUGAUGCCAAAUGGCAAGAGAUUCACAGUCCCACGAUAGUCAAGUCAUCUGCCAGAUCGGUAUGUGUUCGCAUCUGGCAGCAUGAUCUCAGUGAGAAUCCCUCUGAAAGCGAUAGAGUGGUAGUCUUCUGGGGUGUUUACUUUUCCGGAUUGGUGCAGAUUGAGGAGACGGCAAAAAUAAGGGAUAAUAGUUUGGUAUUUCACAUGCAUGGAGGAUGCUUUACAGCUGCAGAAAGUGUUAUGGAGUGUCCAGAGAGAGAUAAUAAAUUUCUCACCAUUGCGAAUGGAGAGAGUCCCAGAACAAAGGUGAAAAAGUCACAUGGCAUGAAGUGUCGAUUUCUUUUCCGGAAGGAGCUUGUAAGUAACGUAAGCGACAGCUACAAUAUCUUUAAGCUGCUGUCCUUACAGCAGAAGCAGCGUCAAAUUAAAAAUAAGCGUGAGGCUUCAAAGGAGAUCAUAGACCGCAUUUCGGUAAAGAGUCCUGUGUGCCUCAAUCUGAGCCUUAUUGGCAAUACUGCCCUAUUCCAGCCUCAGAGACGAAAUAUAGGCAUGGGCAGGCAAUUGACUCGACUGCUCAGCCAACAGCCUGAACGCCCAGAUCCCGAAGUAAUUUUACGGGCUCAGAAAUUGCGCAAGAAAAUAGAAAUGGCCAAGUUCCGCGUGCGUCUUCUGGCCGCUGAACGAGAUCGUGCCCGAACACACGUGAGACAGUUGGAAGAGCAGCUGGGACGAAUGUGUGAUACAAACAUUGAGACUGAAUCGUGGUUAAUGGCCAUGUAUAGGAAAUUGAGUCGUGAGAGAGACAAUUUUCUGCAGUUGAAAGUAGCUGUGGCUGCCCACCAUGAUAACCUAGAUACUGUCAGGACGCAACUUACCAAGCGACGACAGCAUCUACUGAGGGAACUAAGUGAUAUUUACGAAGUGCGCCAGCAUGAUGGUGGUUUCUAUACCAUCAAUGGUAUUUCUCUUCCGGACUCAGAAUCCUUCACAGAAUCUAUCCCUGCGAUGUCCGUGAGUGUGGCAUUGGGAUAUGCUGCCCAUGCUGUGCAGAUGUGUUCAGUAAUCCUCAAUAUCCCUCUUAGAAAUCCAAUGAUACUAGAUGGUUCGAGAACCAAAAUAAUGGACAAUAUCAAAGUUCUGGCAGAUACGGACAGAGUCUUUCCACUUUACUGCCGGAUAAUGAAACCACCAGAAGAAACGCAAUAUGCUGUAUUCCUUCUAAAUCAGAACAUCGCUCAGCUGCAAUUCCAAUUGGGUGUUACUAAGAGGGAUUUGAGAGCGACUCUGGCAAAUCUCAUGGAACUGACAAAGAAUGCGACACUCGAUGUGUACAGCGGAAAAAACAGUCUGGAAGUGGCAACCCAAAACCUAUCAAAUUAUGGCUCUUCCGUUGAAAUUAAUGUUCCUGUGAGCAGAAACUUUUCUAGCAAUAACUAUGUGCCCAAGGGACACAGAAUUUCUCGUUCAAUGGACAACUAUAGGGAUGACGAGGUGUUUCGUGAUUUCAAAAAUCAUUUCAUGUCAGAUCCCGUGCUGUAUAGAAAGGGAAAAUAAAAUAAAGUAACUACUAAUUUGUGUAAAUUAUAUUGGAAAGUAAUUAAACUGCAGUUAAAUAUUGAAUAAGUAAAAAA